AUGUAUUUAAGCGGAUCUAAAGUAAUUGCAAUAUUGUGUAUCACAACCGCAAUCUCUUCUGGCAUAGAAGUGUUAACACAAGUGCAACAGCGAAACUUCAUCAAUAACGAAAACAAGAACAUCAUCAGCAACAAAACCACUUCUUAUGAAUUAAACGUAUUAAAUGAAUUUCUUGAUUAUAAUCAGUUACAACGUGCCAUCAUUAUUUACACAUCAUCAUCCGCGACCACUUUAAAGGAGCGCACACAAAGAUGCCCGGAUAAUGUUGUUAAGGAUAACUUUGUACAAUUGCCAUUAAUUCGAAAAUUAACAGAAAAUUAUCACAUACAAUUUGUAAAUACUUUAUCCGCCAAUAACACUGAAUAUUUAUUUCAAUCAUUUAUGCGCGGCAUAGUGGUCUUUAUGAAAUAUGUAGCCGCAGAUAACGGAAAAGAAAUGAUUUUAAAAUUGGUUUCGAUGCGAGAGAAAUUUAAUAAGUCGUUAGUGUGGCUGGUGUUAAUGGAGGAUUUGGAAAAUCCUGUGGCAAGUAUACGAGAGCACUUGGGUUAUUUAAACAUAAUGAUGGAUGCUGAUGUUACAGUGGCUGUUUAUCGUAAGGAGCCGAUUUUAGAUUUAUAUGAUAUAUAUAAAAUUUGUCAUGAUUGCGGCUCUUCCUUGGAAGUUGAAUACAAAGGGAAAUGGUCUGCUGAAACAGGAUUUAAAAUAUUGAAUAAAUUUCACUAUGGUAUUGCAAUACGCAGAAAUAAUUUUAAAAAUUUUUCAAUUAAGGCAUCCACAGCGAUACUUAACAAACCAGCAAACCUCAACCUAACCGAUUUUGAGUAUCUCAAUAAUGACAAAGAAUUUAUGGAAGAUGAUGCUAUGCAAAGGAAAACCUAUCAAAUGAUGAAGCUUUUGGCAAAUAUGUUUAAUUUCACAUAUGAUAUAUAUUAUAAAGACAAAUGGGGUGCUGAAACAAAUGGCAGUUGGUCUGGCGUUAUUGGUCUCUUAGAUAGACAUCAAGUUGAAUUAUCUUUGUGCCCUUUAAGAUAUCUUAUACAUAGAUUAAAAGCCUUUGAUUAUUCAAGAAAUAUACAUACUGAAAAAAUACAUUUUCUUUUUCGCCAUCCCAAACGCUCAAGUAUUCGCAAUAUAUUCGUGGAGCCAUUAGCUGAUGUUGUAUGGUGGUGUGUUUUGGCCUUAAUUGUUGUUACGAUACUCUUGUUGACCAUACAUGUGCAUACAGAAUACAAACUAUUUGCGAAAUUGCAAAGACAACAUCAACAACAGCAGCAGCAGCAGCAUCAAAACCAUUUCGAUUUCAUUGUUUUCUGCAUUAUGGAGGCCAUACUAAUGCAGGGUCCAACACCAGAAUUAUUUCGCUGUAAUUCAACACGUCUACUUGUAGUGAGCGUAUCUAUAUUUUCAAUUCUCCUAAUGCAAUUCUAUGGGGCAUUCAUUGUUAGCUCAUUACUGUCAGAGCCACCACGUACCAUUACCAAUCUACAGGCUUUGUACAACAGUAGCCUGGAGUUGGGCAUGGAAAAUGUAUCAUAUAAUUAUGAAGUUUUUAUCAACAGCACAAAUCCUUUGGUACGCAAUCUGUACAAAUAUCGUAUUUGCAAUAAACAUACAAAUCAUCAUAAUAUAAUGACGCUGGCAGAGGGUGUCAAACGGAUUGGUAAGGGAAAUUUUGCAUUUCAUGUGGCCAUCGAUCGAGCAUAUCGUCUGCUGACAACCUUUUUAACCGAAUCCGAAUUUUGUGAUCUGCAAGAAGUAAAUUUCCAUCAAUCCUUUACAUUUGCCUCCGGUGUGGGCAUACGAAAAUCAUCGCCCUAUUAUGAGUUUAUAACACUGUCCCUAGCAAUGUUUCAAGAGGCUGCCUUACUGCCCUACAAUGACAAAAAAUGGGAAGUGAAUAAAAUCGAUUGUUCAACCAUAAAAAGUGAUGAGGUUGAAGUUGAUUUAGAACAUUUUGCACCAGCUUUGGUAUUUCUAUUGCUUGCCAUACUAAUCAGUGCAACGGCUUUAAUUAUCGAAAUUAUUUACAAAAAGUAUACAAUGAGAACAAAUUUAUAUAUUGCCUAUGAGUCUACAACUGCCAUCAGUACUAAUACCUCGACUACUGUUGCUACCGGGAGUAGUACUUCAUUCGAGAAUGGCAGCAACAACAGCAACAAAAAACAAAGUAAUUAG